AUGGAUGUUCGAAAUUCCUUUCUCCAUGGAGACCUUACCAAAACCGUCUACAUGAAGCAACCAGAAGGUUUUGUUGAUAAAGAACAUCAUGAUCAUGUGUGUCUAUUGCAUAAGUCUCUUUAUGGACUCAAACAAGCUCCAAGAGCAUGGUUUGACAAAUUCAGUAACUUUCUACUGAAGUUUGGUUUCUUUUGCAGUAUAAGAGAUCCAUCUCUAUUCAUUUGUGCCAAAAACAAUGAUGCCAUCUUCUUGCUUUUGUACGUUGAUGAUAUGGUGAUCACAGGAAACUCAUCUGGUUUGCUUAAUUCUCUGCUUGAUGCGCUCAAUCAACAGUUCAGAAUGAAGAAUUUGGGAGAACUACAUUACUUCCUUGGGAUUCAAGCUCAGUUUCAUCCUCAAGGUUUAUUUCUCUCUCAACAAAAAUAUGCAGAGGACCUCCUUAUAGAAGCAGCGAUGUCCAAUUGUUCCUCAGUUGCUACUCCUCUGUCACAACAGCUCAACAGAACACCAAUGCAAGAUAAGCUUUUCAAAAAUCCAAAAUACUUCAGAAGCCUAGUAGGAAAACUUCAGUACCUAACUUUAACUAGGCCUGAUAUCCAGUUUGCAGUCAACUAUGUGUGUCAUAAAAUGCAUGCUCCUACUGUCUCAGAUUUUCAAUUGCUUAAGCGCAUUCUCAGAUAUAUCAAAGGAACCACCACAAUGGGUAUCUCCUUCAAUAAAAAUACAGACUACAAAAUGAGGGUGUUCAGUGAUAGUGAUUACAACGGUUUCCAAUCCUCUAAUCGUUCCACUGGCGGGUUCUGUACGUUUCAUGGCAACAACAUCAUAUCCUGGUCUUCCAAAAAGCAACCAACUGUUUCUAAAAGCUCUAUUGAAGCCGAAUAUAGGGCUAUGUCUGAAGCUACAUCUAAAAUUACAUGGCUGGUGAAUCUUUUACAAGACCUUGGAGUUCCUCAGUUUCACAAGCCAGAGCUUUUCUGUGAUAAUCUAAUCCAAGUUUCCAUGCUCGCACAAAGCACUUUGCCACUCAUUAUCACUAUGUUCGAGAACAAGUAG